CGCAUGCGUGGAUCGCCAUAUUGCGCAGCUGGGCGUGAAAAUCAUCGCGGCUACAUUGUUUAUUACCGUCUCUCGUAUUCUUGUAAAUAAAACAUCUUACUCUUCUCACUGUCUGGCAGUGUUAUCGCUCAAAUGUGGAGCUUUUUGGCUUCAGUCGUCGCUUUAAAUCGUUUCAAAAAUCAGUUUGAUGCGUUUGUCUGACAGAAGUGUGUCACCUGCUAACAAGAUUCACGCCAGAAAACUAAAAAACUGGACAAAUACAGACAAAUUCACCAGCUGGAGACAAGAGAGGGGUCAGCGUGAAUGGACCCUGUCCUGGCAGCAGCGUGUUAAUGCUGAACUCUUGCUGAUACUCUGCUGAAACGCGUUUGAAACGGCACACGGUCGCCCCUCAGAGGCCAAUAAUCAGCGCACAAUGUCCAUCACAAACACACCGACCAGUAAUGAUGCCUGUCUGAGCAUCGUCCACAGUUUGAUGUGCCAUAGGCAGGGUGGCGAGAGCGAGACGUUUGCUAAACGGGCCAUCGAGAGUCUGGUGAAGAAACUGAAGGAGAAGAAAGAUGAGCUGGAUUCUCUCAUCACGGCCAUCACCACUAACGGCGCUCAUCCCAGCAAAUGCGUCACCAUACAGCGCACACUAGACGGACGACUGCAGGUGGCUGGGCGUAAAGGGUUUCCUCAUGUCAUUUACGCACGGUUAUGGCGAUGGCCAGACCUUCAUAAGAACGAGUUGAAACAUGUCAAGUACUGCCAGUUUGCCUUUGACCUGAAAUGUGACAGCGUGUGUGUGAACCCCUACCAUUACGAGCGGGUGGUGUCUCCAGGAAUAGACUUAUCUGGACUUACACUGACAAGCUCUGGUCCAUCAGCCCUGAUGGUAAAGGAUGAGUAUGAUUAUGAUGGUCAGCAGUCUCUGCCCAGCACUGAGAGUCACAUGCAGACGAUUCAACACCCUCCAUCCAGACCGGUGACCCAAGAGUCCUUCAACACCCCAGCGAUGCUGCCGGCAGCUGAGGGCAACACAUCAGCCUCCACCUCUGCCUUCUCCAGUAUCGCUGUGGGAUCCACAACUCAGCCCAGUAGUGUUCUCUCAGGACCUCAUAGCACUGAGGGUCUUCUGCAGAUAUCUUCAGGCACAGCUCAGGGCUCACAGCAGAAUGGCUUCCCCCCAGGCCAGACCUCCACAUACCAUCACAAUGCCACCUCCACCUGGACGAGGAACAGUAAUUUUACCCCCAGCGUGCCUCACCAUCAGAACGGCCAUCUUCAGCAUCAUCCACCCAUGGCCCAUCCGGCACACUACUGGCCUGUACACAAUGACAUCGCAUUUCAGCCACCGAUAUCCAACCAUCCUGCUCCUGAGUACUGGUGCUCCAUUGCUUAUUUCGAGAUGGAUGUUCAGGUGGGUGAGACCUUUAAGGUUCCCUCAUCCUGUCCAAUCGUCACUGUGGACGGGUAUGUGGACCCUUCUGGAGGAGAUCGGUUCUGCCUCGGUCAGCUGAGUAACGUCCACAGAACAGAGGCCAUUGAGAGGGCACGACUCCACAUCGGUAAGGGCGUCCAGCUGGAGUGUAAGGGUGAGGGAGACGUGUGGGUUCGCUGUCUCAGCGAUCACGCUGUCUUUGUCCAGAGCUACUACUUGGACCGGGAGGCCGGCCGCGCUCCUGGCGAUGCUGUGCACAAGAUUUACCCGAGCGCGUACAUCAAGGUGUUUGAUUUGCGUCAGUGUCACAGACAGAUGCAACAGCAGGCGGCUACAGCGCAGGCAGCGGCCGCGGCGCAGGCAGCAGCAGUCGCAGGAAACAUCCCUGGCCCGGGAUCUGUGGGAGGAAUCGCACCUGCAAUCAGUUUGUCUGCGGCCGCCGGUAUCGGCGUGGAUGACCUCCGUCGGCUCUGCAUCCUACGUAUGAGUUUCGUCAAGGGCUGGGGUCCCGAUUACCCACGGCAGAGCAUUAAAGAGACGCCGUGCUGGAUCGAGAUCCACCUGCACCGUGCAUUGCAGCUACUGGAUGAAGUUCUGCACACGAUGCCCAUCGCCGACCCAACACCAUUAGACUGAAACUGACACUAUAAACUCCACGACACAGACGCUGGACCGAGUGACUGUUCCCACGGCAACCGGACGACCCAAUACCGCUGAACUGUGUGAAUAAGUGCAGAGAGAUGAGCACGAGUUGACCUUUUGCUGCAUGAGAGACAUUGACGCAACCCAAGAUAUAUCCAACACAUGGAGAUGGAUGGACAGUUCCUGCAUUAUUGCCGCUUUCUCAUUGGUUCAUUAAAAAUACUCAUUUGCUUUGUUUAUCCUGUUGCAUUUGUUUCUAUAAAAUGUAACUUUUUUUUUUUAACCUUAAAGUGCACAGGACCCCAGUGACAUUGUGACAUUCAUGGCUAAAGCAAAGAAUAAUUUUCUCAAUCAGUGUUCGUCUUGUAUUCCAGUAAAAAUGCUAAACAUUUUUUUAAGAGUUCACAAGUACAAGACAAAAAUGCUGAUGAUGUUUGCAGUGUAUAGUAUGCAAAUUCAGACAUCUAAAGCUUAAAAAGUGUUUUGCAUGAAGAAUUCUCUUAGAAGUGUUUGAGAACUGUGUUCAACACUGCAGAAGUGCACGCUGCCAUUAAGUUCUGUCUUUAUGAAAUUGUUUCCUUGCAUGCACUAUUUUUAUUUUUAACCAGAAAGAUCACUGGCCAAACAGAGUCGUCAUCACUUUAAUGCGGCGAUGGAUCAAAUAGACUUCAUGUCCUGGACUUUUAAAACUGUUUGUUUUUGGCCAUGGUCUUAAUGCAAUGCUAACCUGGUCUUUUAAACGAGAGUCUCACAGCUCUCGGUUCAUACAGUGCAGAGUAUUUAAAAGAAGCCGUUGUGCUCCGUAGUUUGGAAGUACGAUGGCCAUGGCUAAAAUAUACCAAAUUAUGUAGCAUUUCCUUUAUAUGUUUUGUUGCAGUGUUUGGCUGUGGGUUCAAGUGGUUUUGACCCUCCAGAAAGUUGUAUUAGUGUUGUAUUGCAUUUAAAUAAUGCCUCAUUUAUUUCCUUUAGUCUGCAUGAGUUUUCACAAGCAGAAAAUUGGCUAGUUAAACUAAUCAUUUGUAAGCUUCCCAGCCACACACCGUUAACCAUCAUAGCAAGGCGUAUAACAGUUAAUCAAUUCAUACGUGCACAAGCAGCUUUAUUGUUCUGAAUGCUUGUUUUUCUUUUAGUACUAUAUUAACUUGUUCUAGCACUUUAUGUAUGUUUUUCUUUUCCAUUUCUAAUUUCUUUUCUCCGCAGCCAGUGAAUAAAAAUGUUCUGCACCUCUCACAA